AGGAAGAGGCACGAGCAAAUGACUUGACAGCGAUGAGCCGGGAGCGGUUAAAGAUCCGUGGGGGGGGUUUAAUGAAUAAAAACAGGUUCCAGGUGAUGCGUAUGCGGGUCACAUGCUGAGCUGCUUGUCUCGGUCGUGGACUCGGUGAGACUUAAGCCGCUGUGUGACUGCGACACUAAGAUGAGUGAGGGACUUUUCCUGCUUGUGUGUUUCUUUGCUUUUCCUGUGGUUGUUUUUGCUCAGCAGCCAAACAUAGUCUUAAUCCUCGCCGACGAUUACGGCUGGAACGAUGUGGGAUACCACGGAUCAGAAAUCAACACUCCUAACCUGGACAAAAUAUCAGCCAGUGGGGUCCGUCUGGAGAACUACUACGUCCAGCCCAUCUGCACCCCGUCCCGCAACCAGCUCAUGACCGGGAGGUACCAGAUUCACACAGGUAUGCAACACGCGAUUAUCUGGCCCUGUCAGCCCUACUGUGUACCUCUGGAUGAGAAGUUGCUGCCUCAGUAUCUGAAGGAGUCCGGCUACGCUACACACAUGGUGGGCAAGUGGCACCUGGGCAUGUACAAGAAGGACUGUCUGCCCACCCGCCGGGGCUUUGAUACAUACUUUGGCUACCUGACAGGCGGCGAGGACUACUACAGUCAUAUACGCUGUGCUUCCGACUCUGCUUUAAAUAAGAGUUUCUGUGCCUUGGACCUGAGGGAUGGAGAAGAGGUCGCUACUACAUACAAAGGACAAUAUUCAACGGAGCUGUUCAGCCAAAAGGCCAUCAGCGUCAUCGAAAACCACAACGCCAACAAGCCGCUCUUCCUCUACGUGGCACUGCAGGCGGUCCAUUCUCCCAUGCAGGUGCCAGAGCGAUACAUGAAACCUUACCAGUUCAUCAAAGACAAUUAUCGCAGGAUCUACGCUGGCAUGGUGUCAGCUAUGGACCAAGCUGUGGGCAACAUCACCGAGGCUUUGCACCGGGCUGGACUCUGGGACAACACGGUGCUUGUGUUCUCGACGGAUAACGGAGGUCAGACAAUGUCUGGUGGCAGCAACUGGCCACUGCGAGGCCGGAAAUGGUCACUGUGGGAAGGCGGGGUCCGUGGAGUUGGAUUUGUCGCCAGCCCGCUACUGAAACAACCUGGAAGUUUCAGCGACAAACUCAUCCACAUCUCUGAUUGGCUGCCUACAUUUGUCGGCCUGGCAGGAGGGAGCAUCAACACCACAAAGCCCCUGGAUGGAUUCGACGUGUGGAAAUCGAUCAGCUAUGGGCUUCCCUCACCCAGACAGGAGCUGUUGCACAACAUCGACCCUAUGUUUCAAGAAGAAACUCCAUGUGAAGACGAGGAGUAUCGGUUAGCUUUAUCUGAGGUGGCCAGCAGAGAACCCUGGACACAGUAUAGCUUCAAUGUGUCCAUUCACGCUGCUAUUCGAGUCUCUAACUGGAAGCUGCUGACUGGCAACCCAGGGUGUGACAAGUGGUUCCCUCGGCCCCCCCACAACACAAGCCUGUCGCAGAGUGACCGACUGAAGCCUGUAAUGCUCUUUGACGUAGAGAGGGAUCCUCAGGAGAGAUACGACUUAUCAGAUCAGUUCAGUGGUGUGGUGGAUUAUCUCCUCAAUAGACUCAGCGAUUACCAGAAGAGUGCCUUGCCCAUUAACUACCCCAAAUCUGACCCCAGGUGUGACCCGACUUCCAGGGGAGCCUGGGGACCCUGGGCUUAGAUGGAGAAGGCAGUGAUGAGCAGCCAUACGGGAUGGGUGUAUUGAAAAAUGUUAUACAUUUAUUCAGGGACAGAUUUCGUCCUUCUUUUUCACAAUCACAAAGCUGCCCAGGAAAAAGCAGGCAGUAUUUAACCUGGUUAAAAAAACUGUGAUGCCUUUUUGACGCUGCUGAAAAACAAUAUUUUACGAACAAAUUAGCCUUUGGGGGCAAGAGCCAGUCAUUUGGUAUAGAUAGUACAUAUGUGAGCCAAGACUUGUCUUUGCUGUGUCAUGUUUACGGUCGUAGGAGCAACAAUAGACAUGAGAAUGUAUUUGCAGUUCUUUAAAAGGGAAUAUUUUCUGUUGGGGUUUUCAGCAUCUGCAUAAAUUAACUUAAUAUGUUUAUUUCUAUUAUUCUUGAAUAAGUAGACAUUGUGUCCUUCUCACGGAUGUGUAGGUUAAGACUCGUCUCACAGGCCAAUCGGUUAAAAUGAUGGAUUUUAUUAUAUUUCAAGUUUGUUAUGGAAAUGUUGUUCAAAAAUUUUAUUUCUCUGUUUUCAGAUUUCUUUUAU